AUGGCACGGAAGGCAGACCUUGUUGAUCGCAUCAAGAGCUUGCAGCGGACAGAUGAGAAUGCCAAGCAGGCAUGGUGGAGCUAUUGCGAAGAACAGCACAGUGGGGUGAAGGACCCCAAUCGGCACGAUGAGUACACCUUGUCGAAUUUUUUGUCGACGUACGAAAGCGGCGGGUGUUCAGGAGGCAGAGGUUACACCCCCUCCAGACCUCAACAGAGGUCUCCGACUUCGCGAUUUUCAUCACAGAUCCCUUCUGCAGCAUACACGUCGUCGAGGGUGAUUCCAGCUGGGGCGCCGCGGCUGACUCCAUCCGCUCGGCCUGUGAUGGCGGCUGCAGUGAUGAGCCCAAUGGCAGAGGUGGUCAAGGUCGGGCAGAGGGCUUCGCCAAACUGGCGAGCUGCCUGGCAGACCUUCUGCUCCGCCUACGGCAACUCCAUCAAUGAUCCUGCAAAGCAUCCAGAGACCUUCCUGCGCCAAUUUUUUGACUUCGUCGGCGAGGUCGCCCAGCGAGAGUUGGAGCUGGGUGGUGUCGUAGUGGAAGAACCGCCUUCCAAGAGGCCGCGCUUUGACGCUCCAGCUGCAGAGUAUGCUGACGGCCACAAGCAAGCUCUGGUUGAUAAGAUAAAGGUGCUACAGAGAUCGGACCAAACUGCCAAGGAAGCCUGGUGGGCGUUUUGCGACCUCACGAACAAGGGCAUCCGCGACCCGAUGCGACAUCAGACUCAAUCUCUGGAGCAGUUUCUGGAAGAGCAGGGGCAGUUGUGA